AGAUCAUAUUCGUAAGAUGGAGCAAAUGAUAGGUGCCCUUAGGAAUGUUGGGUGCAAAUUGACUGAAAAUCAGAAGAUUAUAGCCAUGCACCGUUCCUUGCCUGAAUCUUGGGCCCAAAUCAAAAGAAUUCUGAACCAUACUGAUUCUAUCACAACGUUCAGAGACUUUUGUGGCCACUUGGUACGUGAGGUUGAAAUGAAUGCUAUUCAGCCAGGUUCGGCCAAGGCCUUUGUAACAGAGACCCAUAAGCGAAAAGCUAACAAUAAACGGUCCAAAGCUCGCAAGAAGGCGAAGAAGAAUAAUCAAGAACAGAAGACCACAACACCUGCUCCAAAUCUCAAGAAGGGGAAUGGAAAGAAGAAGCAGAAAAAGACAAAUGUAAUCUGCUUUGUCUGUGGAAAUUCCGGCCAUUAUGCUCGGCAGUGUGCCCACAAAAAGACGGCGCAACAAAGCACGUGACACAGAGUCGUCGAGGACUCGAGGAAUUCCAGCCUGUAGCCAAAGGGAGUUACAAGCUGUACAUGGGUAAUAACGCUGUUGAAGACGUACUAGGGAUUGGCGUUCUCCAUCUCCGUACGCGCAUAGGGCAAACAAUAAUCCUUCGUGAUACUCUUUUUGCACCAGGGAUGCGUCGGAAUUUAAUUUCUGUUUCUAGGUUAUUAUUUGAUGGUUUCGAUAUUCGAUUUUCUGGGACUAGAGUUUCUUUGAGACAAAAUAACCUCAUCUUUGCAUGGGGAUAUUUAAUUUCAGAUUUAUUUAUUCUA